GGCCCGCGCUCCAGCCUGGCUUCCCGCGGUGGUUGCUCUCUGGGAGCGGCCGGGCAGCCCAGAGCAAAGCGUCCUCCCGGGUAGGGGAGCCGGAGGCGUCCCGUCCGCCUUUCACUCCGUCGCCGCGGCGUGUCCUUGCACGGUGUUGACGUUGUUAGGCUAGCAUGUCAAAAUGGCUGUAUCCGAAAACCGCAUCCCUUCGUUGUCGGAGUGCCAGUGCCAGAUUUGUAUGGAAAUCUUGAUCGAGCCGGUUACCCUCCCCUGCGACCACACGCUCUGUAACCCGUGCUUCCAGUCGACCGUCGAAAAGGCCAGUUUAUGCUGUCCCUUCUGUCGCCGCCGCGUCUCUUCGUGGACUCGGUACCAUACCCGAAAAAAAUCUCUCAUCAAUACGAAGCUGUGGGAGGUAAUUCAGAAACACUAUGCAAAGGAAUGCAAGCUUAGAAUCAAUGGACAAGAAUCAAAGGAAAUCGUUGAUGACUAUCAGCCAGUUCAUCUACUGAGUAAGCCUGGGGAAUUGAGAAGAGAAUAUGAGGAGGAGAUAAGCAAGGUGGAGGCUGAGCGACGAGCCAGCAAGGAAGAAGAAAACAAAGCCAGUGAGGAGUACAUACAGAAAUUGUUGGCAGAGGAGGAGGAGGAGGAGAAAAGACAAGCCGAAAAAAGGCGAAGUGAGAUGGAAGAACAGCUGAGAAUUGACGAGGAAUUGGCAAGGAAGCUAAGUGGCAGCAUUAACAAUAACUAUGAGAGAGAAAUCAUGACUUCUCCCCUGAGUUCCAGAAAAUCAGAUCCAGUUACAAACAGGUCACAAAAGAAAAAAAUGAGCAAACAAAAAAACAUUGGAGAUAUUCAGAAAUAUUUGUCACCUAAAUCAAAUUUGUCAGCAUCACAAUCUGAAGUUGUGCUUGAAGAAGACAAAAAGUCCUUCUCUAAGGAAAUUGACAGUAGCGACAUGAAGAGCCCUAUGUGGCAAGACUCAGAAAUUGAAAAAGAUAUGCUAGCACUGUCUUCACAAAUGUGCCUUGAAACUCGGGAACAAGGUGCAGAGUCACCUGUGCUGGGGUUAUUUGCCCACAAUACAAAACAGUGCCUUGAAGAAAAAGUCAGAACAAGAUCAAACAAUCCUAAUGAUUUAUGUGUUGCAAAUCAUGAGGGACCUAGAACUGAAGAAGCUGUAGUUAAGCCUUGUGGCAGAACAGAAACCACCGAGGACACUGUAUCCGGUGUGACAGAGUUAACCGAGGACACUGUAUCCGGUGUGACAGAGUUAACUGGGGACAACAUAAUUCCCACAGAAAAUAUUAGAGAGUGUCAACUACUGGUCAAUGAAGAUGGUUUCAAAAGAAAAAACCAGGAAUCUAUGUUUGAAGUGUUCACGGAUCCAUGCUUUUCUUCAAAGAGAAGGAAAAUGUUCCCUAAAUCCUCAGAUCAAGAAGAAACAGAAAUUAAUUUUACACAAAAACUGAUAGAUUUGGAGCAUCUGCUUUUUGAGAGACAUAAACAAGAAGAACAGGACAGAUUAUUAGCGUUACAACUUCAGAAAGAGGUGGAUAAAGAACAAAUGCUGAACCGGCAAAAAGGAUCCCCAGAUGGGUAUCAGUUGCGUGCUACAUCCUCGCCACCAGACAGAUUGCUAAAUGGACAGAGGAAGACUCCUAAAGAUAGAAACUCCAGAAAACAAACAAAUACAGAGUAUUUAAAACCUCAGAGGAGCUCAACAGAUAAAAAUUGGCAACCUUUUAAAGUCCAGUUGAAGCAUUCCGUUAAUGGAAAAAAGAUUCCAAAUUCUACUAGAGAUAAUUGUGAUGUAUCUAAAAGUGCUCAUUCCCUGAAGCCUUGUAAUUCACAGAAAAGUAUUUUUCAAAUGUUUCAGAGAUACAGCAAAUAAAGCAUGAAUUAAAACUGCUCUGUAAUCUAGUAAAGCUGGAUUGUGAAGCUUUUCCAUUGUAAAAUCUAUAGAUGUGGGGCUGGAGAGAUGAUCUAGCGGUUAAGAACACUGACUGUUCUUGCAGAAGACCUGGAGACAAAUCCCAGCACCCACGUAGCAGCUAACAACUGUCCAUAACUCCAGUUCCAGGGGAUCCAACAGCCUCUUCUGUCCUCCACCGGUAUUGUACAACACGGAUACACUUACCUACAUGCAGGCAUAAUACACACAUAAAAAAAAUCUAUAGAUGUAUCAUUAAUUCCUGCUUGGCAAGCACACUCAUUUUCUUUAAAGGUAUAAUUACUAAAGAAGACUCUGCAGUCCUUAAGAAUCCUUUCAUUGUCAGUAGCUGAUGUAUACUAAGCUGGACAAUCUUUGUGGGUAUAAAAAUGCCUUAGUCUUGCUGGGCGUGGUGGCACAGGCCUUUAGUCCUAGUACUUGGGAGGCAGAGGCAGGUGGAUCUCUGUAAGAUUAAGGCCAGCCUGGUAUACAUAGUGAGUUCCAGGUCAGCUGGGGCUACAGGGAGCCCCUGUCUCAAAAAAAAAAAAAAAAAAAAAAGCCUUAGUGAAGAAGUGUCAAGGUGCCAUUCCCUUUCCAAGAACCCAUGUUUUGUGAAAGUCUUGUCUUUUUGUCAUGAAUAAUGACCAAAGCAUGAUGACAUUCUGGCAGGUGGUGGAAGAAUCCACAGAGGGUUUAAAAUUCUAGGUUUUCUUGCUACUUUCCCUUGUAUUUGUAGACCAUUCAAAACAUAUCUUCCAUAACACUAAAGUAAUCCAUUUUCAUUGCUGCUUUAAAUUCUAAGCAUUAUAGCAGUUCCUGUAAUUUAAAAUGAUUGGAAUCAACAUCAGUUCAGAGUUUUCUAGGAAAUUGGAAUUCAUUUAGCACAAAGACAGCAGCUGUUAAUGUGAAAGGGUUUAAGAAUGGGAGGGGACUAAGUCGGGGAUUGGCAAAUGGGGGGGGGGGGGAUCAUUGGAACUGAAUAGGUAAUCAGAAAAGGUCCAGAAUGGAGACUAAGUGUCUUGGCAGAACAUUCUCUUUGCUAAGUGAAAUAGAAAACAUUUUGGUUUUAAAGCUUUUCACACCAUUGUAUGGUAUCUGUAGUGAAAAUAAAAAUUAGUAUAUGAACUUUUGAAAAUAACUUUGUUUCUUCCAGAAAAGGAAUCUGUUGUGGAGUAACCAUGUGUUAAUUUCCUUAUUUGUAUUGGUAUAAAAGUGGUUUCAUUUCAUUUGUGAAAUUUAGCUUAGACUGCCCUAGUCCAAAUGUUAACCUUAAUUUAUCUGCAUAUUUAUGUUAUUUGAGUUUUCCAGAUUUUGUGAUUGUUUUGAUGUUGACCUUUGCAUAAUUUAUGGCAUUCAUGUGAAUCUUAUUAGAGGUAGAAUUCUGCUAAUUUAAACUUCAGUUUAC